AUGGUUGAAAAUAAUCCUUUCGUGUUGCAAUUCUAUGCCAUACCUCUUAUUAAGGAAGUAAAUGAUGAUAACAUAAUUCCUUUCUAUAUCUUUGAGUUUGUGAACUUUGAAUAUCUGAACAGUCGUUGUAGAAAUAAUGUCUUAACAGAUGUGAUUGGAGUGGUCAUGUAUAGAAGUUCUGUUGAAGAAAAACCAAUUGUUCAAGGCAAGGUUAAUGGCAUGACGUUUCAAUUACAAGACAUGAGAAUUAGUGGUCAAAAUUAUCAUAGGAUUGGAGCACUCAUACCAGAAGAAGGUCAACAACCAAAAUUCUCAUAACUUUAUGUACAUGAUACAGAAAAUGAAGUCCAAAAUAGAUUACAUUCCUUCAAUAAUGGAGAAUAUCUUGACAACACUAUUAUUCAAAGUUUGAAGGAUAUGUUGGACAUGCAUAAUCCUAUUGCAUAGGUGUUUAGAAUGGCAAGAGAUAAAUUAUCUUCAUCUGAUGAUAAAAAUGUACGAAUCAAGUUGCUUGGUAUAAGAUCAAGAGAAUCUCGACAGUAUAACAAGCCGACCUCAGCUGAAAUUGUUGCACUUAUUGUUGGAGAUUUUGGCCAAUCUUAUGGAAGGAGAGAUAUAAUAAUAGAGUAUCAAACAAAUGGGUUACAAAGAAUAUCAAAGUUGCAUCCUUCUUUCAUGUCAAUGCAAUAUCCAUUAUUAUUUCCAUAUGGUGAGGAUGGAUUUCACUUAGGCAUUCGAUAUUCUUUUAAUGAUGGAAAAAAUAGAACAAAAAGAAACAAUUUGACAAUGAGAGAAUACUAUGCAUAUUGAAUACAACAGAGAAACUUUGAAGCAAAGACUCUUAUUUCCGAUGGUCGGUUAUUCCAACAAUAUAUUGUUGAUGCAUAUACAACCAUAGAAGAAGAUUGACUACGAUGGAUUAGGCAAAAUCAAACAAUUUUACGCACAGAGUUGUACAAAAAUGUUUGUGAUGCAAUUGUUCGUGGGGAUACAAUAGUUGCUGCUAUUGGAAAAAGAAUUGUAUUGCCUUCUUCAUUCACAGGUGGUCCACGAUAUAUGGUCCAAAAAUAUCAAGAUGCAAUGGCCAUAUGUAGAACAUCUGGGAAUCCUGAUAUUUUUAUCACUUUUACUGCCAAUCCAAAGUGGCCCGAGAUUCAGUAUAUGUUUGAUCAAAUUUCAGGACAACCAGCUAAUGAUAGGCCAGAUGUUAAAACAAGAGUUUUCAAGAUAAAACGUGAUCAACUAAUGAAACAUGUAGUGGAUGGACAGUACUUUGGUCAAGUUAUAUCAGCUAUAUACACCAUUGAGUUCCAAAAAAGAUGUCUACCACAUGCUCAUAUUCUAAUAUGGCUUCACCAAAAUAAUAAGUAUCCAACACCACAAGACAUAGAUAAAAUAAUAUCAGCAGAAUUACCAUCUCAAGUGGAUGAUCCAGUUGGAUUCAAUGCUGUUUCACAAUUCAUGAUACACGGACCAUGCAGAACUAUCAACAAAAAUGCACCUUGCAUGAUUGAUGGCCUUUGCAACAGAAAUUAUCCUAAAAAGUUUACUGAUGAAACGACCAUAGAUAUGGAUGGUUUUCCUACUUAUAGAAGACGGGAUGAUGACAGACAUAUCAAAAGAGAUAUCAACUUAGAUAACAGGUUUGUUGUUCCAUAUAAUUUAGAUUUAUUACUCACAUUUCAGGCACAUCUAAAUAUUGAAUGGUGCAAUAAGUCCAAGGCUAUAAAAUAUCUCUUCAAAUAUCUCCACAAAGGUCCAGAUAGAGCAACCAUGAUAAUUGAAGAAAAUAUUUUUGUCCAAAAUAUAAACAAUUCAAUGCAGAUCACACAAGUUGAUGAAAUCAAAACUUAUUUAGACUGCAGGUAUGUAAUUUUAUAA